AUGGACAUAGACCUGUGCAUCCGGCUCCUGCGGUGCUUCGCUCGGGCCAAGUACAAAGACGGCGACACCUUACAAUCGCUGGUUCGUAAUCUGUCGACUGUGGGAAAGACGCCUUCCAAUCUUACGUGCAUGUCAUCUGCUCUGCUUGCAUUGCGUGAGGCUUUGGGCGAAGAGGAGGUGAAGGCGGUGUUUCGAAGGUUCGAAGACCGAGCUCUCGAGCACAGCAAGGAGGCCUGGGGGCUGAGUUCCCCGUUGAUGCUCGCCAAUCUGGUGGGUGCAUCGUCCUUUGCGAAAGUAGAAUCUGACUGGAGCUCAGCACGCAGUUUGCUGGUGGGAGCAGUGGCUCAGCACGCUGGCAGGAUGGGGCCAAUGCACUUGGAAAUCUCGGCAUACGCUUGCGCGCGGCUCCAGAGGAGCUGCAAAGAUCCAGCCGGUCUCCAACAAAUCUUGGAGGCUGCCACAGUCCUUCUGGAUCGUGGAACGAACCGCGCCACGCGAUUCUUGCCCCGAGGUCUGCUCAACUUUUUUGUUGCCAUGGAGCGCCUGCUGGGACCGUCCAAGGUCUCAGACUUGGCACUGUCCGUUGCAAGGCGCCUGCAGCGGUGUGUGCCGGAAGACUUGGAAGGCUGCACUGGUGGUGACAGGUACCGAUCAGCCCUCUGCUUGCUUCGAGCCUGCCGGGCAGAGCGCAGCCCAGCCCUCGCAGCAGCCGGCGCGGAGGCUCUGGCCAUCCUUCUGGGUGAGAAUCUUUCAGCUCUGCCGCCGCAUGCGAUGCGAGCUCUGGCGGCGAGGAUACAGGACCUGUCCACUUGUGAUGACGCAGCAGACUGGUCCAAGGCAUUAAAGGCCAGCUGCAUGGCGUGGUUCAAGAUAUGGGGGUUUCCGAAAAUAGGGGACCCUAAUAUAGUACCCCAAAUAAUAGGAUCCCUAUUAUAA